GAUGGCUGCCUCAAUACUGAAGGUUGCAGAAACGGAUAUUUUUCGAGGAAGAUUCCUUAAGUAUUUUUUUAAUGUCUCUCGAGGUGUGCAUGGCACGACAAUGGCAUUGUCUCUGUCUGUGCCCGUCAGUCAAGGUGUUCCCCAGUCACUGUGGAAGUUAGGCAGGUUGAAUCAUGUGGCUAUCGAUGUACCAGACCUAGAGAAAGCCACAGCACUGUACCCCGAUGUGCUGGGUGCUCAGGUGAGCGUUACUGUGCGUCUCCCAGAGCAUGGCGUGUACACUGUGUUUGUGGCUGGCAACACCAAGCUGGAGCUUCUGCACCCCCUGGGAGAGAAAAACCCCUUAGCAGGAUUCCUGCAGAAGAACAAAGCUGAAGGGAUGCAUCAUAUCUGUAUCGAGGUUGAUGAUAUCAAUGCAGCAAUAGUUGAUUUGAAGGCAAAGAAAAUCAGGCUGCUCUCCCCAGAGCCACGAAUAGCAGCACAUGGCAAACCUGUGAUGUUCCUCCACCCUAAAGACUGUGAUGGAGUUCUUGUGGAGAUAGAACAAGCAUAGACAUUACACAUGUCCCAAGUGAUUACACUAUCUAGAAAAUAGUGACACUCUGUUUAAAACAUCUGAUUAGGUUAUUCAAUUUUUAAGUAAGCUGAAGGUAUGUAAGUGAUGGUUGAAAGUAAAAUUGGAUUUUUCCACUUUCCUUCACUGUUACUCUCCCGUUGUGUGUUUGAUUUUCAUGGAAUUUUCCCUGAUUGUUCCACUGAUAAUUAUUUUCCUGUUUGAUUAAAAUAAAUAUUUAGUUUGAGUUAGUUUAGAAUUUUCCUGUUCCAUUUACAAAAACAAACAAACUCAAAAUCUCUUGCCCAUUAGGUUUUCUAUGAAACAAUUAAUAUAUUGUAUUAAUAAUGAUGCAUCAUGAAAUAUUAUAAUUUAUUAUCUAAUUGCAUUUUUAUUGUAAAGUUUUUGUAAUUAUGCAGUUGUAUAAUUUGUAUUUGUUACUGGUUGUUUUCUACUGUUGUAGUAAAAGUAUUGACUAUUAGAAGAAUAGAAGCAGAAAUAAGUUCACAAACAUCAUUUUUUUAAAUGCUACAAAACAAUGGAAAGAUGUUCACCUUAACAAUUUGAAAGUAUAUGUCCAUAAAUGUGGAUUGAAAUUGACACAAUCCUCUCAUCUGGCUCUCAAUAGAGCAGACAGUUUGAAGGUUUCUUUGUUUGGCUGACAACCAUGUAAUUGGGAUACAACUUGGACCAUUUCCAUCUCUCCACUGUAGUCAACCCUCUGCCAAAUAGAAAGUUGUUUUGCUAUUAUGCCUUAAAUGUGCUUCUUUUGGAUACAACUGUAGGAGGGAGAUUAGGAACUGAUGUUUGUGGGCUGACAGUUCUCUCGCUGUGUGGUCUCUAAGGUCCUUGUUUGAAGUUUUCUGCAUUAUUGUCCUCUUCUGUUGUUGAAAUUAAUAGGGUCUUUUUUUUUUUUCUUUUUUUUUUUUUGCAGUUUUAAGCUGUUUUUGACAUUCCAAUUCUUUGGGCAGUCAGAAAAAGAAUAAUGUAUCUCAGCCUCUUACAGACCUUUUAUUUUUUUAUAUCUUCACAUUUUGACUGGAUUUAAAGGGAUAGUUCACCCUAAAAUGAAAAUUCUUUCUUCAUUUAAUCAUCCUCAUGCCAUCCCAGAUGUGUAUGACUUUCUUCUGCAGAACACAAAGAUUUUUAGAAGUUCUGUUGGUCCAUACAAUGCAAGUGAACGGUGACCAAAAUUUGAAGCUCCCAAAUGUACAUAAAGGCAACAGAAAAGUAAUCCAUAUGACUCCAGUGGUUUAAUCCAUGU